UGUGUUUUCAAGCAAGAAAGACUGUCAUCUUCUUUGUACCGUGUGUACUUGCUAGUACCUGUACCGAUACUAAUUUUACCAACAUUAUCUAUGUGUUGCAUUAUACGAAGUCGAUCGUCAGUAAUGGUGAAAUAAAUCAAUGUUUUAAAGUCUUUAUCUUCAGGGCAAAACACAGCAGAGUACAUAACUGACGUAUAUACCAAUGGCAUGCAGGAAAGUUAACAAACCGUUUGUGUAUGAAUGCCCGUUAUAGGGGAGUAAAAACUAUAGUCACUAAAACUUCUUUUCAAACAAAUAUAUUAAAGAAAUCCGAGUAAGCGUCUAUUUUGUUCACCAUUCUUGUUUUGUAAUAUGUUUGGAAGUGUUUUAAUGCCACCUUGCAUGUACUAAAAUACUAAUAAUUUGUGUUUUACAGCACAGAUUUCACCAGCCUGUUCUCCAGCGUGUCAGAAUGGCGGAACCUGCUACAUAGCUAAUGUGAGUUCUGCGCCCAGGUGUUUCUGCGCUCCAGCGUAUACCGGGCAAUCUUGUGACAUUGAGAGGGUGAGGGUAUCAGCAUGCACAUCAACAUCAAUGACGGCAAACAUAGCCCCAAACUCAGCCAACUUCCAAGGUUCGAUUUAUGUGAAGGGCCAUGCUGGACAAUCUGCCUGUACCUUUGCUGCAUCCCCGAAUUCAGCAACUCCCGGAUACGUGAUAACACUCAUGCUGAAUUCAGGAGUGAACAACCCUUGUGCAGGCCCAAACUCACUUGUACAGAACGGAGCAAGUUGGACGUACACAGUGAUAGUACAACAUAGCCCCAAUGGCAUCUUAACCUACACAGACGAAGAACACAGACUCACUUGCUCCGGCGGGACCGGUGAAGCUACCGUCUCAGUCGGGCCUGUCAAUCCUACCGGGGGUAGUAUUGGCGGCACAGACGUAGCAGGGCCCUCCACCCAAGCGUUCCGAUUGCAAGUGACCACUGUUCCUAACCGAGUGGCACCCGCUGGGCCGAUAGCCAUUGGUCAGGCCUUAUACCUGCAAGCCACCCCAAUUAACACAGGCAACGUUCCUGACUUCCGAAUGACCGCGUGUACUGCUGCUGGUAUCAAUGGUGGACAGCUGGUCAUGUUGGUCAACAGAUGCAUCACACCACAAGGACGGGAAUCUGGAGUGACCGCAUUAAGCAAGGUUGGGAACACCAUGAUUUCUCUGGAGUUCAAAGCCUUCAAAUUCAACAACGCAGACAUUGUACGAAUCUCAUGUCAGUUCCAGAUGUGCGCGAGCGUUAGUGAUCCAGCUUGUCAGCUGAGUGCCUGUGCAGGCAACAGCCUGAAUUAUGGAAGACGAAAAAGAGAAGCUGAAUCCAGUAACCAGACUCAACCAGAAAGUACGAUCAGUCUUUAUGUGGUAUCCAGCCUGGAAGAGUUUGAGGGACGAUUGGGAAAGUCAUGCCCGGCGAACACAGAUGAAGUUUGUUUUCAUUUCGCCACCGUGGCCGGGGUAGCCUCCCUUUUCCUGUUUCUCCUUGUCAUUGUCUUGGUGAUGCUGGCCUUCGUCGUUGUGCGCCUGAGGACAAAGCGCUCGAAGGAAGGCCUCACAACUUACACCAACAACUACGACAACCACCAAAAUAUGUAAUAAUCAAUAACUGGAAAUCAUGAAGAUAGUUUUUCUCAAAAUAUUUCACCGAAAUCAUAUUUUCUAUCAUGGAUUCUAUGUGUAAGGUUUCUUACAUUUAAUCAGCCCUACCAUUUAUCGUAGUUCCACCCUGCAUAGAACUUGGCAAGCUGGCUUGAAUCUGGACAAAGCAUAGUUUCUCAAUUAAACAUAAAUCUUAAUUGAAUAUAUUACACUGAAAAGUGUUAGUCUUUAAUCAGUCCAGAUUUGAUAUUAGAUAUGUGUGUGUCAUCACUUGUGAUGAUUGCGUUGCCAUAACUUAUGUGCAUGUACUGUAUAUGAAACUUUUAUUUUGAAAAACGUUCUUAGUAAUUUGCAUUGCAGAAUCGACCUUAUUAAUUACAAAUGGGUAACACUCGUUGGUGAUCAAAUCCUGUGGUCAAACUUUUUCGCUACCUUUGAUAUUGUAUCAUCACAAAUACUGGGAAAUUACAUUAUUCCAACAUCAUGCUUUUAUUAUACUCUGUUGCAUGGCAGCUGAAGGACUUAUAUAAGCUAUAAAAGCGUUUGUACCAUUUAAAUGAAAAACUGUACAUCUGAUUGUCUUACAUACAUGCCAUAUAGACACUUCUGGAACAUUGUGCAAGACAAAUGUUGAGGCAUCUUUAUCUAAUGAUAUUGCUAAAUGGCGCCUCCACUCUGACUUGACCACCUCCAAUGUUUCCUGGAAUAAGUGAAGGAAAUUUAAGACACCGAACAUAGAAUAUUUGUAUUUGUAGAGUUUGUAUUGCAACAUCUGUGUUUUAAACGAUCGUUAGACAACAACCCUCUACAUUAGCCGUCAGCAGUCAGUAUGUUCCGAUAAGAAUAUCCCGUAUCAAGAGUGGUUAAAGAGAGCUCCGUUCGGUAUUUGGUGGGUAAUGGACGGUAUUAGGUGAGCUUGUUUGCUGGAUGUAGCAGACCGGACCCAGUGUUGACAUGGUCAUAAGGCUGCCUCACUGGAGCACUGUGCCGAAGACACCAGGCACUGCACUCCACCAAAUUAUGCUGACUCCUGUCCAUUAAGCGCUUGGCCUAUUCCUUUUAUGUUGUGCGCUCACCAAGGUAGUAUCACUGAUUUCAAGUUCUUAGGUAUUCUGUCCUA